CAUAUUUGUGAAAUACACAAUUGUUGGUUUGCAAGCUAAUGGUGCCCUUAAAGCAAGAAGCAAACUACAAAACUCUCAUCUAGGCGGCUCAAAGAAGAGCAUCCAGAUGGAUUUGUCAGCAACCACGCUACCGACAACAACAAAUGACACGGUGACCGCCCAGAACAAGAACUAUCCCAGCCACAACUGGGAGUUCUUGGUGGCAGUCCUGGUCACGGCCAUCUCUGUCUCCAUUCUCAUCGCUCUCCUGGCCAAAUGCCAGAUGAUUCGACGUUACUUGGCCAGCUACAGACACACACGACUGAGGGAGAUAGAAACUCUCAGCCAGUGUGACUCGUCAGGUCUGGGGGUGGAAUUUGACUUGCGCAGGGGCCGUGGAAUGAACCCUCACUCUUUUCCUCCCGUGAGCGAGGAUGAUGAUGACGGCUUCAUUGAAGACAACUAUAUCCCGGCCAGUGAGAGAGCCAGGGCUGAGAGAGCAGCUCAGGACAUGGAGGUGGAGGAAGACACGGAGGAGGAGCUGGAGGAGGUUGAAUUCAGCAUCACUUAGCGUUAGCAUCUCUGCACUAUUUGCUGGUUGAGCCAGAAACCUAA